GCGUGGGCAUUUCCCUCAACAACGCUGGUCUCAUUGUUAAAUGUCUGGCUGAGGAAAUGCAGAGAAGGAGCAGGACAGACCGUAAAACCACCAGGAAAACAUGAAUGCAGAAUGAUCAACUUUUUUGCGUGAUUUUAAGAGAGUAAUUCAGCUUUCUUUGGAUGUCUGUCUGACAUGAACUUCACUGAAAAGUUACGAAAAUCUUGGAUUGAAGAAACCUUCUUCAGGAGAGAGUGUGUGAAGUUCAUCUCUUCCUCUCGAGAGCUACACAGAUGUGUACCAGUGUGCCAAGUAUGUCAAAGCUUGAUCAGGUGCUGUUGUGGCCGCCUGAUUGGAGAACACAAUUGGGAAGCUUCCAUUUCCCCCAUAUCACUCAAUACUGGUCCUGGACAUGAGGAGGAGAACUGGUCCAUGGAGCUUCACACUAAGCUCAGUAAUACCAAUGCGUAUGGCACAAUCGACUUCCACAACAGCGCCACACGUGUCUGUCGAGCUAAGUAUGCUCGUGUGGCUGUGGACUCAAACCCAGACCUGCUGCUCCAGCUGAUGCUGAGGGAGUGGCAGAUGGAGAGACCCAAGCUGCUCCUGACUGUGCACGGAGGCACAGAAAACUUCACGCUGCCACCUAAAGUGAAGCAAGCUUUCAGCAAAGGACUGAUCACUGCUGCCCUCAGCACAGGCGCGUGGAUACUCACUGAUGGCAUUAAUACCGGUGUGUCUAAGUAUGUUGGUGAGGCAGUAAAAGUAUUUGGGAGCCAUAACCUGAGGAAGAGAAACACAGUUGGGCUCACACCUUGGGGUGUGAUUGACAACAGCAAAGACCUGAUCGGCACAGAUGUGUUCAGGCCCUAUCAGCCACUGCGCCAACCCCUGAGUAAGAGGGCCAGUCUUAAUGGUUUCCACUCCCACUUUUUGUUGGUGGAUGAUGGAACCUUGGGAAAAUAUGGUUGCCAGCAAGGCUUUAGGCGGAAGCUUGAGAAACACAUCCAGCUGCAGAAGAUACACCCUCGACUGAACCAAGGAGUCCCAGUGGUAUGUGUGGUGGUGGAGGGAGGACCUAACAUUGUAUCCACAGUGCUGGAGUGUGUUAGCAGCGUGCCUCCUAUACCCGUGUUUGUGUUUGAGGGAUCAGGCAGGGCUGCUGACCUUCUUGCCUUCUUACACAAGCAAACUGCUAUAAACAGGCAGUUGGAUGCUGACAUUAAAGAUGGCUUCCUCGUUAGUAUUGCAAAUGUGCUUUCAGUAGAGGAGACAGAAGCUUCUCGCCUCUACACUCUCCUCCUGCAGUGUAUGGACCAUAGACAGUCUAUAACUAUUUUUGACUCAGAGUCAGAGGACCAGAUGGGACCAGAUGCAGCCAUUUUGACCUCUUCACUUAAAGGCACAAAUGCCAGUCCAGCAGAGCAGCUAAGUAUAGCCCUAGCAUGGGACAGGGCUGACGUUGCGCAGAAAGAGGUCCUGGUGUCCGGACGGAAUUGGCAGGCUGGUUCUCUGGAGCAGGCAAUGCUGGAUGCUUUGGUGAUGGACCGCGUCAGUUUUGUGAAACUACUCAUUGACAAUGGCAUGACUAUGACCCGCUUCCUUACUGUGCAUCGCCUUGAGGAGCUCUAUAACACGCCUUGUGGCCAAACAUACAACUUCCUCCACUACCUUGUGGAAGAUGUGAAACAGACCUCCCUGCCAGUUGGUUACCGUCUGUCCCUGAUUGACAUGGGCCUGGUGAUCGAAUAUCUCAUAGGAGGGGCAUACCGCAGUACCUACACCCGAAAACAUUUCAGAACUGCCCAUAGUCGCCUACAGCACAAGGAACAGAAUGUUUCAUAUAGAAAACAUCAAGAGAUGACAAUAACUCCUGGUCUCAGCAGUGCACCACUGCUGGUUCCCUUCAACUCCAAUGACCUGUUUGUGUGGGCAGUUCUUCAACAGCGGCAGCAGAUGGCAUUGUUCCUGUGGCAGUAUGAUGAGGAAGCGCUGGCUCGAGCUACAGUGGCCUGUAAGCUUUAUCGCUCCAUGGCCUUUGAGGCUCGGCAGAGCAGCAUGGACGACAACACUGCAGAGCGAUUCAAAGCCUACUCACUUGAGUUUGGGCAGCUGGCGGUGGAUGCCGAUUGUGCAUUUCGUCAGAAUGAGAAGAUGGCCAUGAAGCUGCUGACUUCUGAGAUGGAGGCAUGGAGCCACUUCACCUGUCUGCAGAUGGCUGUCUCCUCAGGCCACAGACCAUUCGUUUCACACUCCUGCACUCAAACCCUUCUCACAGAUCUGUGGACUGGUGCACUCAACAUGAGGAAGAACUCAUUUCUGAAGAUCAUUCUGAGUCUUCUGCUGCCACCUGCCAUCUUGCUGCUAGACUUUAAAAGCCAAGCUGAAAUGUGUCAUGUUCCACAGUCCCAUGAGGCGUCCCUCUUUGACGGCCAUCAUCGUGCACAGCGUGGACAAUCAUCUUCCGAAUCGGGGCACAGUGCAGGGCCACAAAGCAUCACCUUGCUGAUGUUGCAGUCAUUGUCAUGGCUCACAAGAGUUUAUGAAUUCUACACAGCACCUGUUGUCAAGUUCUGGUUCCAUACAAUGUCCUACUUAGCUUUUCUGAUGUUGUUCUCCUAUACCGUCUUGGUGAAGAUGGAAGAUCAACCCAGUGUCCAGGAGUCACUUGUCAUAGUAUACAUAUUGUCCACUGCAGCAGAGAAGAUGAGAGAGGUAUUAAUGUCAGAGCCAAGGAAGCUGAGCCAAAAGUUGAAGAUUUGGUUCUCCGAGUACUGGAAUAUAUCAGACUUCAUUGCCAUCCUCCUCUUCUUGGUGGGAUUGGUGAUGCGUUUGCAAGGACCCUACAGGAGAACUGGACGUAUUUGCUACUGUCUGGACAUAAUCUUCUGGUUUGUCAGGGUGUUGGACCUGCUGGCUGUAAACCAACAUGCUGGCCCUUACCUCACUAUGAUCAUCAAGAUGACCUCAAACAUGUUCUUCAUCGUGGUGAUGAUGGUGAUAGUGCUGCUUAGCUUUGGACUGUCCAGGAAGGCCAUCAUGUCACCAGACGAGGAACCGUCUUGGAGUCUUGCAAGAGAUGUUGUCUUCCAGCCCUACUGGAUGAUUUUUGGAGAAGUCUAUGCAGGAGAAAUAGAUGUAUGUGCUGAUGGUCAGCCAUGCCCUCCUGGUUUCUUCAUCACACCCUUCUUACAGGCGGUCUACAUGUUCGUCCAGUAUAUCAUCAUGGUCAACAUUCUCAUUGCAUUUUUUAACAACAUCUACUUUGACAUGGCAUCAAAGUCCAAUAAACUCUGGAAGUACAACCGUUAUCGCUACAUAAUGACCUAUCAGGAGAGACCGUGGCUGCCUCCGCCAAUUAUUAUGCUUUGUCACAUGACCCUGGGUUUGCGUGCGGCCUACAGGAGUAUUCGUGGAGGUACUCAGCAAGAGGAGAGAGGCUCUGGACUUAAACUCUACCUGUCCAAUGAAGGCCGUAAGAAGCUCCACGAGUUUGAGGAGAAGUGUGUACAAGUCUACUUUCACGAGAAAAACCAAGGUCUCCAGAGCACUCAGACAAACCAGAUGAGAGCUACUGCUGAGAGAGCAGAGGAGAUGUGUGGAAUGGUGGAGGAGGUCUCGGAGAGGGUCAGCUUCAUUCAGGAGAGUGUUUCAGAGUUGGACAGUCAACUGGGCCAGCUGCAGGACCUGCUGGCCCUCACUGUGGACGCUCUUUGCCUGCUUAAUGCUUCUGACAGCUUGCAGAAGGAGGCACAACUUGCCAAAUGUCAGCCAAGCACAACAUCCCGGCACGUUGUCCCUCACAGCUGGACCUUCCCAUACAGAGAGGGAGUAGAAGGUGAUCGAAUCAAUAUGCGACGGUUGACAGCAAAACUGUGUAAAAGUACUCCACCUUCACUCCUGAGGGGUUAUAAUCCAAGUAGACGGACAUCACAGGAGUGUCACAUAGGAGCCAGAGCGAGCAGGGGAGAAAGACAACAAUGCCCUGAGACAGAAGAGGAGGUCAAAGAUGAGGAACGACAUUGUGCAGCUGUACGACAUGCCAGUGGUUUUAAGGCUUUGACUCCCUACAACUCUGGUGGAGCCUCCUUCUGUCCAUCUCCUUCUAGGCUUUGUGACAGAAGCUUAGAGUCACAUCAUAACCUCUGGAUAUGUAAACCAAGCUUUUAUCUGAGUCAGGAGAGUGUUUCAAUGGAAGAAGAGAAAGAGGACCAAGAAGAGGAAGAGCGGCAGGAGACACAUGAACAGCUGUCUAACCUACAACAAUCCAGAACCACCAGCAGCACAGCCCUCCUGUUUCACCCAAAAGACUGUUCUGGGGGUUUAGUAAACCCUACUUUUUUCCUGGAUGAUAAGCAACUAAAUUCUCAAUCCAGACCUUUUAGCAAAAGAGAAAAGACCACGAUGCCGUCCAGUAGGGUGUGUCUGACAAGGGACCGUUGUUACCAUCGCUACUGCAGGUCCCUGUCAUCCAGCAUGGAGAAUAUGACCAUGAGUGGGGCCCCUCGCAGUCCUCAAAGGGGAUCAUUUCCUUCUCUUACUGAACUGCAGAGCAACGACAGUUUGUCAUUUGGUAGGAGCUUUAGUGAUGACACAUCACUGAGAUGCAUUAGGAGGAGAGAUCCUGUUACACUUUAAUGGGCCAAAUCCUCUGAUUUCACUGAGCUCAACACUAGGGAGAGAUGUCAGAAAAAGAAAACUGUCAAGAUACAAGAGAAGAGCACAGUUCCAGCAAGUCUGCAGUCCCAUUUGCCUGACACCAGCUGGAAAAGGCACAGGAGGUUCAGAGAGCAGCCGGCGUGUUGGUCUGGUACCAGCCUCAGUCAGCUUAAUUUGGAACAAACUGGUUUAUUGCAGAAUCAAGUGUUGACCCAUCAUGAUUUCUGGGCUAAAUCUCUCAGCCGCAGGUCCUUAUUGCAAAGCAAUAUUGGCACUGAAGUGAAGUGCUCACCUUUCCAGUCUGCUGAUAAUCUGUACCUACACUGUUCAGCUAUGGAGAGAAACAAUCUGAUGAGACUGGCUCAGACUAUCCUUUUCACACCAGUUUCCAUUCUUGGUCAGAUGAGCGUGUACUGUCUUGAGGAAAUACCUCAAUCCGACGGCAGCCCAAGUGCAGUGUCGUCCUGGUCCUCACAAGGUCUGUCGGCCCUGCUGCAGCCCCUCUCCAGUGAAGAGGGCUCUCUGGACGGGGGUCUAUGCCAAGGCUGCAGGGUGCUGUGUACUUGGGCUGAACAAGAGGUGCUCAGACCUGUUUGGUGUACAAGUCAAGCCUUCAGGCCAGAAGUGGUUUGUGCUUGGCAGAAGUUCCAUGGCAGCACAUCACUUCAGCUUUGUUUAAGGGAGAUCCAGCAGCAGAGAGCAGCCCAGAAGCUGAUGCAGGUGUUUAAUCAGCUUAAACCAUGCGACCUGCACUACUCUCCAAGGUUUCUCGAUGUCUCCCUGAUCCUCUGGAAUUCAAAUGGGCAGUGGCUAACCAUUGAGAGAAACAUGACUGGUGACUUCAGGAAGUACAACAACAACACAGGGGAAGAGAUCACCCCCUGCUGUUUACUUGAAGAAAUGCUGCUAGCUUUCUCCCACUGGACCUAUGAGUACUCGCACAAAGAGCUACUGGUGCUGGAUAUGCAAGGAGUGGGUGAUGAGCUGACUGAUCCCACUGUCAUUAUGGCUGAUAAUCAGAGUGUCACCAGGGGUGAGAUGCAGUUUGGUCCUGAUAACCUGGGAGAUGCUGCCAUCAGUGCCUUCCUGCUGAAACACACUUGUAAUGAUUGCUGCCACAGACUCGGGCUGCCAGAUUUAAGGAGGCGUCCAGACAUCUGCGAGAGCAGCAGCAGCAGCAGCAGCAGCAGCGAGGGAGAGCCAACAUCAGGGAACGAAGAGUGAGAAGACAAAGAAACUGAGGUGUAAUCUUUGACUUGGGAAGUAGGAACAAUCACAUAUGUAUCACCAUAUGUACACAUGUUUUCUCCAAACACAUCUGGUCUGCCUGAUAACUUAGAGGUGUAACGAGGACGGGAGAGGAUCAGAGUUUAUCAUUGACUGAAUGUGUGUCAGUGGACACAUGAGAUUUACUUGAUUUCCUACAGAGUUUGUGAUGAUAAUGAUGAUUAUUAUUUUAAAAUAUACUGACUGUCAAGACAAUGGUAUGCUGGAGGAGUAUUGUUUUAUCUAUUUCAAAAGGGUUGUAAAUCAUUACACAGAAUCCCAUCAUCACAAGAAAUGAAUUUUGCAACCUGUUUUAGAAGCUACCUGCACUAUUUUACAUUUUAAUUGUAAUCCGUAUUUCUCUUGAGGAAAUCCCAACAAUAA